UCCAGUUUAUCGCAGCGAUGUUUGCUAAUCAUCUAUGAUGCCAAAGAAGAGCUAAAAUUUGAUAUAUCUUCUGUUGGCUUUGGACCACAAGGUUUCAUUCUUGCCACUCUACAAAUUUCGAUGGUGAAAUUGUGAACUCAAUUUCUAUAUAAUGGAUACUGAAAUUGUUGCUCAAAUAGUUAAGAAAACUGGCGUAGAUUCAAAAAUUAAAAGAAUAGGGAUAAUUACAGGAACUGGUCUGCAAGGAAUCGCAUCUGUUAUAAAGAAUCCGCUAGAAAUUUCCUAUGAUGAAAUUGACAACUUCCCGAGGACACAAGUAAAAGGACAUCCUGGCCGGUUAGUGUUUGGUUCGAUCGCAGACACACCAGUGGUCUGUUUGCAAGGCAGAAUUCAUUUCUAUGAAGGCUACUCCUUCGCGUACAUCGGUCAGUUAGUGAAGAUUCUCUACAAUUUAGGAGUGAGAGUUUUGAUUCUAUCCAAUGCGGCAGGAGGACUGAACGAGGAAUAUGAAACAGGUGACGUGAUGGUCAUCAAAGACCACAUUAAUCUCACUGGUGACAAUGCAUUAAGAGGCAUAGUUCACCCCGAGAAAGGGUUUCCCUUCAUCAGUAUCUUCUAUGACACUGAAUUGCAACAUCACGCGCAUGAGGCGGCCAAGACGGUGCCUGGGUUUUCACAAAGUCUCAGAAAUGGCGUGUACAGUAUCAUCAAUGGACCUAGUUUCGAGACUGUAGCAGAGUCCAAAUUCCUCAUUAGGGGCGGAGCAGAUGCAGCAGGGAUGAGUACGAUCCCUGAAGUUCAAAUGGCCAACUACCUGGGCAUGCGAGUUUUUGCAUUCUCUCUCAUCACCAACAUGUGUGUGAGGACAUACGGAGAGUACAGCAGACUGCAGGGGGAGCCAAAUGACGAAGUGUCCGAGGGGGUGUACGAAGUUGGACAAAGACGAAUGCCCGAAAUUGUUGCGUGGGUCACCAAAAUAAUCGAGAAGAUAAACUUGGAUGACAGUGAUUAACAAAACUAUGCGAGAAACUGCUGCGAAGAAGUGAUUUGAUCUUAAC